AUGUCAAAUUCAUCUAUGGAAAAUGCCCUAGAUGGUUUGAACUAUUUAAAACAAACUGAUCAAUUUCUAAUUACAAAUAACUCUACUCUGGCUACAAUUUUAAACUUCCCCUAUAGAAUUGGUUUAUCAUUCUCAGAUGCAACUAAAUUACAAUAUAGACAGGCUCUAGAGGCAGAAAACGUUUAUCCAGGUUUCGAAACUUUUAUGAAUAUUGUAGGUUAUUUUUUCAGUAAUUAUGCAGUUGCUUGUUUCAUUACUGCCCUUUUAUUAAAUAGAUUCGUAAUGAUGUCUUCGUUAAGGACAAAUACUCCACCAACAAGUUUACCAAAAUGGUCAAAUAUUCUAUUGCAUUUCUCUGCUAUUUUACCUUUGGUGUUCAUGAUACUCACUGGAUUCUGCCAAACAAACUCUUCAAAUCUAUUACCUGUACUGGAAUUUAGGUUUUUCUUAUCAAGAUGUUUUACCGUGUUUGCUUGGUCCCAUUGUAUCGAAACGUUUGUAGCAAUUACAACAAAUACAAAACCUUUGGAAGAUUCAGAUUAUACAAUCUUUGAACUAUCAAUCCAAUUCUAUCUAAUGAGCAAAGGGAAAAAUGAUAACCCAAUUCGUCUAGAGUAUAUUUCAGAUAUAUUAAUGGCUUUAUUAGGAAGAAUAUUAAUUCAUGUUGUGGAAAUAUUCAGAAUAAGAAACUUUAGAUUGAUGGGAAGUACCAUCUUAAAUAUUGGUUAUUUGAGUUAUUUAGGUUACAUCGUUAAUCAAUACGGGAUUGGUACCAUUCCUUUUACAACUUUUUUCAGACAUUUCCCUAAAGUGUUCUCCAUUUUCUUGGUUCUAAUAUCAGCUUUAUGUUAUGGAUUAGCAUGCUUGGUUAGAAUUGAUCCAUUCGGAGGCAAUACUAGAGACCCAGAAGAACUUCAAUAUUAUACAUUUAUGAAUAAUUGGUGGGGCCAUUUGAAUUGUACCACAGAACAGGAAUUUACAACAGUUAUUGGAAAAUUAGCUUUACUACUAUGUAAAGGAACCGGUACAAACAAUAAUGGUGUACAAAAGGAAUUCACUUCUUUAAAUGUUCCUUUAUCAAUUCAUCAUUCCUAUAUGGUCAGCGGUUACAAUAAUGAAAAUCAUACCCUUUUGAGAUCUGAACUUUUGAAACUAAAGCUAAGAGAUAAUCUAGAACCCGAAAAUAAUACUGUAAAAAGUUCAUGGAAAAAUAGAAUAUGGAUAAUAUACGAAUUGUUUGAAGCAUUUUAUCAUUUUUUAAGAUCUCCCAAAAAACAAAAAACUACUAAACAAGAAUCUAAUAUCCAUGUACCUAGCACAGUUGCAGCCAACUCUAAUGAUCUAAAUCGAUACAUAACCUGCAGUAAUUACGCCAAAUUUUUAUCAAAAUCCGAAUCUGUAAGUGAUGACAUUGCUGAAUUAUUGCUUUUACCAGAGGAAGACUUUUCUGCAGAUUAUAUACCACCAGAGGAUGAAGAAAACUGGGAAAUUUUAUCCCAUGAGAAGUCUGAGAAUAAUCAAAACGAUUUAACUGAAUCUGAGAUUGAUGAAGAGGAUCUAGAACUUAUCAGCGAUGAUGAUGAUGAUGAUGAAGAAGACAACGAUGUCGAAGAAUUGGAAGAAGAAACUUUAAAAGAUCAAUUGAUCAAUUUAAUUAUCCCAUAUCCAACUUCAAGAUCGAAAGAUGAAAUGAGCUGGGUCAUUUCGAUGUGGAAUAUGUUACGUUAUCAGCUAAAAAACGAAAAAAGAUUAACAAGAUCAGAAUAUAGUAAUUUAAACCCAGGAGAAGUAUUAACUGAAGUUAUGGCUGAGAAUUCCACUUUGAACCACGCUACAUCAAAUAAUGUCCAUACCUCUAAGGACUCAAAUAAUGAAGAUAAUUUUGAAUCUUUAUGUGUCGUCUGCAAGACAAACGACAGAAACAUCGUAUUAUGGCCUUGUAGGUGUUUUGCAUUAUGUGAAGAUUGUAGAAUAUCUUUGAGCUUAAGAGGAUUUAAUUCAUGCAUCUGUUGCAGAAGUGACGUGCAUGGUUAUAGCAAAUUGCAUAGAGUAUGA